GAAUGUGGCUACAGUUAGCUAUUGGGUAGGUGCUGAUGUAAUUUCUGGAGUUGGACAUGUGCAAGAUUAAACUUCUAGAGGAUCUUGAACUUCAAACUGGCGUUAGAUUUCGUUUAGGAUCCAACACUAAUCCAACACCUGAGGAAAGUGAAGUGGAAGAUCGAGAACCUAGUGAAAGGUCAGGUUAUUAAGACUUCAAGUGUCCCUGAGAAGGACGACCUGAAGGGGCGAAACUCCACUAAGAAGCUAAAUUCAGUGUAAUUCAUGGGACUUGGUUGCAACAACAAGAACAACAACAAUAGAGAAGCAAAUGAGAGCAGUGAAGCAGAUAAUCCGGAUAUGGGUGAUGAAGAAGAUCCAUGGGCAAUCGAUGAGACGACCGAAACAAAUGAUUCUCAGGAAACAUCCCAACAAGAAACAUUAAUUAGUCAAACAGAUGGUGUUGCAUCCGAUCAGACAAACAAAGAAAAUGUCGAAGAUGAUUUGGCUCCGCCGCCACCGCCUCCAGAGGAUGAUGGUUAUAGAAAACCUGUUCAGUUGUAUAGACAUUGGGUUAGGCCUAAAUUCCUCCAAUACAAAUACAUGUAUAAUUAUAGAACAAAUUAUUAUGAUGAUGUUAUUGAUUACUUAGAUAAAAAACAAGUUGGAGUACCAAGAGAUAUCCCAAGAGCUCAAACAUGGGCGGAACGUGUAUUAAGGACAAAUUAUUCCAGCGGACGAGGUUUGGACUCAUACGAGUCAUCCAUAAAGAGAGAUAAACACCUGAUUCAAACUUUAGCUGCAUCCAUUCGGCCUCAUAACUAUCAUACAAAAGCCUAUAUCAAUCAAAAGUAUGCAAAAGUUCUCUAAGAACCAGAAGCGGACGAGGUUUGGACUCAUACGAGUCAUCCAUAAAGAGAGAUAAACACCUGAUUCAAACUUUAGCUGCAUCCAUUCGGCCUCAUAACUAUCAUAUAAAAGCCUAUAUCAAUCAAAAGUAUGCAAAAGUUCUCUAAGAACCAGAAGGUGCGGUGGAAUAUUUGUUAGAACAAUUUAAAUUUAAGGUUUAAUUAAAUAUGUAUAUUUUUAUCUGGAAACUCAUAUUAUGAAUAAAUAUUAGUCAAAAGUAUAUGGUUGUGUUACCCGGACGUUACACGAUCAAGUUUUACCUUUUAA